ACGGUGGCUGGAGGAGUCAGAGCAGGUCAGCCUCUGCAAGGAUCACCUCCGUGUUAAUUGCGUGGCUUGGAGUGUGAAGUAUGACGGUCACAUGUUUGUCCCAGAGACCACUCGCCAUCCUGCACGUUGUGUCCACACUGCUAAAGAGUCUGAGGACAGUGAAGAUUUUGUGUCUCUGCGUUGUUUGAUGAGAUGAGAUGAGAUCUUUUAUGAUCUGAAACAUAUCUGCUGCUCAGCUCCACGGUUGACGGAGUUGUUGUGACCUUCAGAGAGACUAAAGACAGAGACUAAAAUAGACAGAGGACAGACAGACAGAGGACAGACAGAGACAGAGGACAGACAGAGACAGAGGACAGACAGACAAAGACAAAGACAAAGGACAGACAGACAGAGACAGAGGACAGACAGACAGAGACAGGAUAGACAGACAGACAUACAGAGACAGAGGACAGACAGACAGAGACAGAGACAGAGGACAGACAGACAGACAGACAGAGACAGAGGACAGAUAGACAAAGACAGAGGACAGACAGACAGAGACAGAGGACAGACAGACAGACAGACAGACAGACAGAGACAGAGGACAGACAGACAGAGGACAGACAGACAGACAGACAGUCCUGGUGGGUGUGAUCAUGUCUCCCAGGCGGAUGGAAACUAAACCAGUGAUCUUGUGUCUGAAGACGCUGCUGCUGGUCUACUGCCUCGUCUUCUGGGUGACAGGUGUGGUCCUGCUGUCGGUUGGCUUAUGGUGGAAGUUUAUGUUGGGCCCCUACACGCUGCUCAUCUCCAGUGGCCCCUCCAACGGCUCCUACGUCCUCACCGCCACCGGAGCCGCCAUUGUGCUGUUCGGACUGUUCGGCUGCUUCGCUACCUGCAGGGGGCGCCCCUGGAUGUUACAGCUGUACGCCGUUUUUCUAUCUCUGGUCUUCAUGACUGAACUCAUCGCUGGAAUCUCCGGGUUCGUCUUUCGCCACGAGAUCAAAGGGACCUUCCUAACCACGUACAGUGACGCAGUGAUGAGGUACGACGGUCGAGACGACAGGAGUCUGGCUGUGGACGGCGUCCAGCGCAGACUACACUGUUGUGGCGUGUUUAACUACACCAGCUGGAUCAGCAGCGUAUAUUUCCCCGUCAGUGGGAUUCCCGCCAGCUGCUGUAUUAACUUCUCUGACUGCAACACCGCUGACCUGAAGAACGCCACCGUGGCUGCACGCAAAGUCCACAAACAGGGUUGUUAUGAGUUGGUGACGUCCUUCAUGGAGGGGAACCUGGGAAUCAUCGCUGCAGUCACGUUCGGUGUCGCCUUCUCUCAG